AUGCCAAUUUCUCAGCUAAAAGAAAAACUUGUCAUCCCUGAUAAAGAAAACUUCUCAAUAAAAUCUUGGUUAAGUAGUGCGGGAAAGUUGCUUGACCAGAAGAAUUCUAAUACUCGAUUCAUAAUAAUAAAAAGCAUCAUUUUAGAAAUUAUACCAAAACAUAAGGAAUAUGUGAACAUGCAUGGAAAAGAAAAAAAGGACUUCUCCGAACUACGUAAUGGUGUUUUAGCAAAGGCUGAAGAAGCAGGAAAAAAAUUAGAAGAAAGUGAAAAGGAAAAAAAUGAAACAAAUAAAAGUCAGGGGAACGAGACUACAGAUAGUUAUAUGCAGAUGCCAGAACCUCAUCCUACACCAGAAUUAACUUCAAAUCGAUUAUUUAAUAGUGCUAACUCCUUGCAACAAUCAUCACCUCUUUGUAUAAUGAAUGAUAAUAUUGGCAGUAUAACAUCGAUUUCGACAGGUUCUAAUAAUUUAAAUAUUACACACAUGCAAAAUGAGAUUACCAAAACUAAUAAUGUUGCCCCAAAGCAAACUAUUUAUCCUCAAACACCACCUGGCUCCGCAUCGUCUUUUGAAACUAAGUCCUUGACACAUAAAAAAAAAUCACCAUUAGAUGAUUUACCUACUUCCGGGAAAAUAGAGGCUAGUUUUUUGCGUUAUUUGCUUAGCAUUACCGAAGGUCCGCCGCGUAUAUUAGUGUUAGACGUUAGGAAUAGGGAUGAAUUUGAUUAUGGACAUAUUAAAACAAAGAAUAUAGUUUGUUUGGAACCAAUCAUUUUAAAGGAUGAAAUAUCAUCUAUAAACCUUGAAUCCAAACUAAUAGUCAGUCCUGAAUUUGAAAAAAAUCUUUUUGCUGAUCGUCAUAAUUUUGAUUUGAUUGUAUAUCAUGAUCAAGAUUCCAGUUUUAUUCCCAGCUUUACUUUAAAUAAUAAACAUGCUAUGAAGAAUUUAAUUCAAGCAAUUUGCAAAAGUGAAUUCAAAAAGCAUUUGAAAAGGGAUCCCGUAUUGUUGAACGGAGGUUUUAAUGCAUGGCAUAGAUUGGUAGGUGAACCUGGUAUUGAGCGUAAUAUUAAUAAUAAUACUCGAGCAAAUCAACGUGAUAAAGAUGCUGACCAAAAUCCUAUCAGUGCGUCUAAUUUUAAACAUGUUAAACGCAAUUUUUUGGAUUUCUUUCAACAACCUUAUAGUUCGGCCCAAUCUAUGACGGAAUCAAAUUAUUCAUCAAGCUCUACAGGCGGCAUACUGUAUAAUAAUAGUUCGAUAUAUAGUAAUUCACCAAACAUAGUUUCAAACUCACUGAUAACUGCUACAAACAAACCAAUACCACAAACUCCAACUUCUGUUUCCGCUUCUACUACGACACAAUCAGGUAGUUCCUUAAAACGUCGUAAAACCGUAUUUGAUCAUCCGUACCAUGGCUUCAGUGAGAUAAAAAAUCCAGAAUAUGCGCCUCCGUUACCACCGAAAAAACAUGAAGUUAUUACAUCAACACCAGCAUCUACAAACAGUUCAGAACAAAUGGCAAUGCAUAAUAAAUCAUCCUUAAUUUCUGAUCAAGGUCGUUAUACCCAAUCAGAAAGUAGUUUUUCUACGCUAGGGUCCUGCAUUGGUAUAACGGGAUUAAAAAAUUUAGGCAAUACAUGUUUCAUGAAUUCUGUUCUUCAGUGUUUAAGUGGGACCUUACCAUUCGCCAGAUACUUUUUAGAUGGUAGUUUCAGACGACACAUUAAUAAAACAAAUCCUUUAGGUACUAAAGGAGUUUUAGCUGAAGCAUUUGCAAAAUUGAUACGAGUGAUGUGGAGCGAACAAUAUAAUUUUGUUUCACCUGUGACUUUUAAAGAAGCUAUUGGACGUUUUGCACCGCAGUUCUCAGGAUGUGAUCAGCAAGACUCUCAAGAGUUCCUUGCUUAUUUAUUGGACGGCUUACAUGAAGAUUUGAAUAUAAUCAAAGAGAAACCAAUAGUGAAAGAGUUAACAAUUCAGGAAGAAGAGGAAAUGGAAAUGCUACAACCACAGAUUGCGUCUGAGAUAGAAUGGGAAAAGUAUUUGAUGCGUAAUUCUUCUGUUGUUGUCAGCUUAUUCCAAGGCCAAUUUCGUAAUAAAUUGACAUGUUUGACAUGUUAUAAAACAUCUUCUACAUAUAAUAUUUUCAUGUAUCUUUCAUUACCUAUUCCUAAGAAUAUCAAAGAUGGAGAACCGGUUGAUUUGAAAAUGUGUCUUAACGAUUUUACAAAAGAAGAAAUUUUAGAGGGAGACGAUGCCUGGAAUUGCCCUAAGUGUAAAUGCUUUAGAAGAGCAAAAAAGCAGCUUACCAUUUCACGAUUACCUGAUAUAUUAUUAAUUCAUCUUAAAAGAUUCUCAUUUGAUGGGCCUUUUAGAAAUAAACUUGAAACAAAAGUGCAUUUUCCUCUAAGAAAUUUAGAUUUAACUUCUUAUGUGCCCACACCAAUACCACAACCUACUCCGAUUGGUUCUAUACCAAAAAUGGAUAUUCCUGGCACUGGUGGAUCGCGUUACAACUUACAACAAACGGGACCUUUUAUAUAUGAUCUAUAUGCAGCUUCAAACCAUUACGGUGGAUUGAAUGGUGGGCAUUACACUGCGUGCGUGCGAAAUAGGAACGAGUGGCACACCUUUGAUGAUAGUCGUGUAUCGAUAUGUGAUGAACAAAAUGUUAUGUAG